CCUGAAUUUGAUUUACAUUUUGAAAAAAUAUAUAAAUGGGUUGCCAGCAGCACUGCUGAAAAGAAUGCAUUUAUUUCAUGCAUUUGGAAAUUGAAUCAGCGAUAUCUCCGGAAGAAAAUUGAUUUUGUCAAUGUUAGCUCACAGCUUUUGGAAGAACUGCCUAAAGUUACAGAAGAAUCUGUUCCAAGUGGAGAAAAUCAGAGUGUGACAGGAGGUGAUGAAGAAGCGGUAGAUGAAUACCAAGAGUUAAAUGCAAGAGAAGAGCAGGAUAUUGAAAUAAUGAUGGAAGGCUGUGAAUAUGCAAUCUCUAAUGCUGAGGCCUUUGCAGAAAAGUUGUCCAGAGAACUACAGGUGCUAGAUGGGGCCAACAUCCAGUCAAUCAUGGCCUCUGAAAAACAAGUGAACAUCCUGAUGAAGUUGCUCGAUGAGGCUCUGAAGGAGGUAGAUCAGAUCGAAUUAAAACUAAGCAGUUAUGAGGAAAUGCUCCAAAGUGUAAAAGAACAAAUGGAUCAGAUCUCUGAAAGCAACCACCUAAUUCAUCUUAGUAACACUAAUAAUGUAAAACUCCUGUCUGAGAUAGAGUUCCUUGUGAACCACAUGGACUUGGCCAAAGGUCAUAUAAAGGCCCUUCAGGAAGGAGAUCUUGCUUCUUCUAGAGGCAUUGAGGCCUGCACCAAUGCUGCUGAUGCCCUUUUGCAGUGCAUGAAUGUAGCUCUUCGACCAGGCCAUGACAUGCUUUUGGCAGUCAAAGAGCAACAGCAGCGUUUCAGUGAUUUGAGAGAGCAUUUUGCUCGGAGACUGGCCAGUCACCUCAACAAUGUUUUUGUUCAGCAGGGUCAUGAUCAGAGUUCAACUCUUGCUCAACACUCUGUUGAACUGACUUUACCCAAUCAUCAUCCAUUUCAUAGAGACUUGCUCCGAUAUGCCAAGCUGAUGGAGUGGCUAAAGAGUACAGAUUAUGGCAAAUAUGAAGGACUAACAAAGAAUUACAUGGAUUAUUUAUCCCGACUGUAUGAAAGAGAAAUCAAAGACUUCUUUGAAGUUGCAAAGAUCAAGAUGACUGGAACAACUAAAGAAAGCAAGAAGUUUGGUCUUCAUGGAAGUUCUGGGAAAUUAACUGGAUCUACUUCUAGUCUAAAUAAACUCAGUGUUCAGAGUUCAGGGAAUCGCAGAUCUCAGUCAUCUUCUCUGUUGGAUAUGGGAAACAUGUCUGCCUCUGAUCUCGAUGUUGCUGACAGAACCAAAUUUGAUAAGAUCUUUGAACAGGUACUAAGUGAACUGGAGCCUCUAUGUCUGGCAGAACAGGACUUCAUAAGUAAAUUUUUCAAACUGCAGCAACAUCAAAGUAUUCCUGGAACUAUGACUGAAACAGAGGACCUGGAUGGAGGAACAUUAACACGGCUACAUAAUUCUUGCGCAUCGCUGCCUGUUUCAUCUGAGAAAGAUAUGAUCCGCCAAAUGAUGAUUAAAAUAUUUCGCUGCAUUGAGCCAGAACUGAACAACCUAAUUGCAUUAGGAGACAAAAUUGAUAGCUUUAAUUCCCUUUACAUGCUAGUCAAAAUGAGUCAUCAUGUGUGGACUGCACAAAACGUGGACCCUGCUUCAUUUCUAAGUACUACAUUGGGAAAUGUUUUGGUGACUGUCAAAAGGAACUUUGACAAAUGCAUUAGUAAUCAAAUAAGGCAAAUGGAAGAAGUAAAGAUCUCAAAGAAGAGUAAAGUAGGAAUUCUUCCAUUUGUUGCUGAAUUUGAAGAAUUUGCUGGACUCGCAGAAUCAAUUUUUAAAAAUGCUGAGCGUCGUGGAGAUCUAGAUAAAGCAUAUACCAAACUUAUCAGAGGAGUGUUUGUUAAUGUGGAGAAAGUAGCAAAUGAAAGUCAGAAGACACCCAGGGAUGUGGUUAUGAUGGAAAACUUCCACCAUAUUUUUGCAACUCUUUCUCGUUUGAAAAUCUCAUGUCUAGAAGCUGAAAAAAAAGAAGCCAAGCAAAAAUACACAGAUCACCUUCAGUCUUAUGUCAUUUACUCUUUAGGACAACCUCUUGAAAAACUAAAUCAUUUCUUUGAAGGCGUUGAGGCUCGAGUAGCACAGGGUAUAAGAGAGGAGGAAGUAAGCUACCAACUUGCAUUUAACAAACAAGAGCUUCGUAAAGUUAUUAAAGAGUAUCCUGGAAAGGAAGUAAAAAAAGGUCUAGAUAACCUCUACAAAAAGGUUGACAAACACUUAUGUGAAGAGGAGAACUUACUUCAG